AUGCACACUGCGUUUUCUGCACCCAUCAUCUAUAGGGACCUAGAACCAAAUAAUAUUAUCAUACACCAAUCUGGUGUUGGUAAAUUAUUGGAUUUCUCCGUCUCUAUAUCAAUUCCUCCUGGAGAAACACAGGUGGAAGACAAGGUAGUUGGGACAAUUGGAUUUAUAGAUCCUAAGUACAUAUCAACGGGCUUUUUCACUGAGAAGUCCGAUGUUUAUAGUCUUAGCAUGAUUCUUCUUGAUCUUCUAAUCGGGAAAAAAGCCAUACACUUGUACCAUGACACAAAUCAGCGAUCCAUAGUAUCAUGGGUGAAAGACUCUGUAGAAAAGGAUCAGUCCAAUGAAAUUGUGGAUCCAAGAAUUCUGAAAGAAAGAGGAGGAAUUGAGGAAGAACAACAAUUACAAGCUGUAGGAGCACUUGCCUUGAGAUACACCCAAUAUAACAAAGAAGAUAGACUAGAAAUGAUUGAUGUCACAAAAGAACUCAGGCAAAUGCUCAAGUCUGAUUGCCCCUCCUCCUCAACUCGACCAUAA